CAACACUUGUUUGAACAAACUUGUUUGUCAAAUUUUCGUAUGCGGGCCGUUCUAGAUUUUUUUUAUUAAUUAAGUAAAUUUAUUGCAACUACUGACGUAUAAAGUAAACAUUUCGAUUUAACUGAAAAUGCACAUGAUUUUCUCAUUGUUUGAAUCACUCAAAUACAUAUUGCCGCUGCAAAUACUAUGAUAUGAUACGUUAGAUUUGAUAAUAGUCGCUGUUGUUUCGCGCAUACGCAAACGCGCGCGAAACGCCAAGCGACACGCGACAAAUGAAACGGAAAACAAAAACGACACGUUAAUGAUCCCAUUUCAAAUAACACAUAUUUGCUUGAACUUUUAAUUGACGAAUCAGCUGAGAAUCAAUCGUUUAAUGAGCUUUUGGUGUAACGUCAUCUACAGCUACAACUUCAUCAUAAAAACGUUGAUUUACCAUGAUAUUUCUGAAUGGUGUUUCCGUGAAUCGUAGAUCAUCUAUCGAAGUCUUGUGCGGAUCAAACCUGCUAACAGCGGCUGUUAUUUUAUACAUAACGGUAUUUUACCAUUUUGGAUCCAUCCAAGCAGCGUGCGGUGACGAUGUAUCUACAAAUGAAAAUAGUCAGGUAGAAAUGCUAAUGUGGUUAACAGACCCUUGUCGAUAUGAUCGUUUGACAAGACCUAUGCCCGCAAAUGGAAGUGGACCCACGAGAGUGUCUGCUAGGGUAUAUGUUUAUUUUUUAGGAUCAGUAGAAGCUCAGCAACUGCAGUUCACUACUCAUAUUUUAAUACGAUAUCGAUGGUACGAUAGUCGAUUAGUAUAUUCUUCUUCUACUUUCCCCAUACAAGGCGAGAACAAAUUAAAAGAACGCGUAUGGACGCCACACGUAUAUAUAGUAAACGAACAUGACUCAAAUAUAAUGGGAUCCGGCCGUCAAGAUAUUCUAGUCACAGUACAACCGGAUGGCACAGUAUUGUACUCAACCAGAUUAAAAGUAUCUCUACUUUGUAUGAUGAAUUUACAGAAAUUUCCGUUUGACGAACAAACUUGUCCUUUAAUUUUAGAAAGUUGGUCGUAUAAUAACACCCAUUUAGAACUAGUUUGGGAACGCGAUUCUCCAGCUAUAGUCAAUAGUAAUUUGCGAAUGACAGAAUACAAUUUGGUAUCUAUCUGGACUAAUGCUACAAUCAGCGAAUACUCACUCAUGUCUUCAGAUGAAGAACGUAACGAUGACGAUUCAUUAUAUUCACAAAUAGCCAUUGAACAUGUUCAUUAUUACGGGAAAUUCGCUGGUAAUUACAGCCAGUUGAGGGUUUACUUUGAACUAGAACGUGAAGUAGGUCAUUACAUAAUGGAUUAUUACGUUCCAAGUAUCUUGCUAGUAGUCGUUUCUUGGGUAUCGUUUUGGCUGGAUCCUAAUGCUGUGCCUGGUCGUACUACCUUAGGUACUAGCACAAUGCUAACAUUCAUCACUCUAUCCAGGAAUACAGGCAGCUCGUUACCAAAAGUUUCCUACAUCAAAGCUACAGAAAUAUGGUUCAUUGUAUGCACUAUGUUUAUAUUUGGUUCAUUAGUAGAGUUUGCUUUUGUUAACAGUAUCUGGAGGCGAAAUGAAAGUGUAGAAUUAAAAAAAGUUACCAGUAAACAUAUUUUAAAAUCAACUCUAACACCUCAAAUGAAACGGAAAUCAAAGUCUUCAUCGAUGGAUAGUGGAAUUGAUAAAUUUGGCUCUUCAAAAACAAUUGAAAGUGAUAGUAAAGAGAAUAAUAGAUAUUGUAGGAGACACAGAAGUUUAUUAUCUGUAGAAGUAUCUAAUAAUUCUAUUAUUAGUGCUGAUCCCGAGCCAAUUCAAAACAUUUCCAUUUCAGUACCCAGUCUUACAGACUCAAAGAACGGAGGAUUUUUCACAAUGACACCACAGGAAAUUGCACAAUGGAUUGAUCGACGUAGUCGAAUUGCAUUUCCAGUAGCUUUUCUUUUUUUCAAUUGUAUUUAUUGGCUUUAUGUUUAUGUUUGAAGUCUAUUACAAUGAAUGAUUUUUAAAUUUAUCAACAAUACAAUAAAUUUUUGACUAAGUUAAUUAAAACAACAAAUUGUAUAAUUUGAUAUUGUUAGUAAAACAAAUAGAAUAAAAUAGAAAAUAAUAAAAAAGCAUUAAAAUAUUUUUUUGCCGAGUGUAGAGCUAGUCAAUUUAAAUAAAAAUGAAAUAUAAUUUUUUAAAUCAACAG